CAUGGAGGCAUGAGGCCUGCUUAGAAGCGCAUUUGGCUUUUCUUAGGGAUGGCUCUUGCUCACCCGAGCCUCACAAAGAUAAUCGCUCAGGAAGUGUUUCAGCCAAUCCGCGGCGGUUUUACACUCCGAUUUGCCGGGGCAGCCAAUCGGGGAUGAGCUUUUAUUAGGCAGCCAGAUCAUCAGCCGAAGUGCCAAACCCUUUUUCUGUGAGAACUAGGAGCCUGUCCUCCAUGUUUUAUAAGUAUUGACAUUACACAGUGUUAACAAUGCAUCCACAGAGGAGCACUCAUGACAGGCAGAAGAGCCAGCAAGUUUGCCUCUCCAAAGAGACUCUGAGAAGGCUGGACUAAGUUCUGACAAGAGAGGACGAGAGUGUUUGACACAGAACCCAGCUCUCAGCAGAGCAGUGCUGAUGAGGGGGAGAGAGAGGCUGGCUCCUGGGCCUAGCUUGGCUGAAGAGGAAAUAAAAACAGAACAGGAGGUGGUAGAGGGCAUGGAUAUCUCUACUCGCUCCAAAGAUCCUGGCUCUGCAGAGAGAACAGCCCAGAAACGGAAGUUUCCCAGCCCUCCCCAUUCCUCCAAUGGCCACUCGCCCCAGGACACAUCGACAAGCCCUAUUAAAAAGAAAAAGAAACCAGGUUUACUGAACAGUAACAGUAAGGAGCAGUCAGAACUAAGACAUGGUCCGUUUUACUAUAUGAAGCGGCCACUCACCACAGACCCUGUUGAUGUUGUACCGCAGGAUGGACGGAAUGAUUUCUACUGCUGGGUUUGUCACCGGGAAGGACAAGUCCUUUGCUGUGAGCUCUGUCCCCGGGUUUAUCACGCUAAGUGUCUGAGACUGACAUCGGAACCAGAGGGGGACUGGUUUUGUCCUGAAUGUGAGAAGAUUACAGUAGCAGAAUGCAUCGAGACCCAGAGCAAAGCCAUGACAAUGCUCACCAUUGAACAGCUGUCCUACCUGCUCAAGUUCGCCAUUCAGAAAAUGAAGCAGCCAGGGACAGAUGCAUUCCAGAAGCCUGUCCCCUUGGAGCAGCAUCCUGACUAUGCGGAAUAUAUUUUCCACCCCAUGGACCUUUGUACCUUGGAAAAGAACGCCAAGAAGAAAAUGUAUGGUUGCACAGAAGCCUUCCUGGCCGAUGCCAAGUGGAUUUUGCACAACUGUAUCAUUUAUAACGGGGGAAAUCACAAAUUGACACAAAUAGCGAAAGUAGUCAUCAAAAUCUGUGAGCACGAGAUGAAUGAAAUUGAAGUCUGUCCAGAAUGCUAUCUUGCUGCUUGCCAGAAACGAGACAACUGGUUUUGUGAGCCUUGUAGCAAUCCACAUCCUUUGGUGUGGGCAAAACUCAAGGGGUUUCCAUUCUGGCCUGCGAAAGCCCUGAGGGAUAAAGAUGGGCAGGUCGAUGCUCGAUUCUUUGGACAACAUGACAGGGCCUGGGUUCCAAUAAAUAACUGCUACCUCAUGUCUAAAGAAAUUCCCUUUUCUGUGAAAAAGACGAAAAGCAUCUUCAACAGCGCCAUGCAGGAGAUGGAGGUUUACGUGGAGAACAUUCGCAGGAAGUUCGGGGUUUUUAAUUACUCUCCGUUCAGGACACCCUACACGCCCAAUAGCCAAUACCAAAUGCUGCUCGAUCCCACCAACCCCAGCGCCGGCACGGCCAAGAUAGACAAACAGGACAAGGUGAAGCUUAACUUUGACAUGACGGCGUCCCCCAAGAUCCUCAUGAGCAAACCCAUGCUGAGCGGGGGCUCGGGUCGCAGGAUCUCCCUGUCGGACAUGCCACGCUCGCCCACCAGCACCAACUCCUCCGUGCACACGGGCUCCGACGUGGAGCAGGACGCCGAAAAGAAGGCCUCGUCCACCCACUUCAGUGCCAGCGAGGAGUCCAUGGACUUCCUGGAUAAGAGCACAGCCUCCCCAGCCUCUACAAAGACGGGACAAGCAGGGAGUCUGUCUGGCAGUCCGAAACCUUUCUCUCCCCAACCGCCGGCGCCCAUCAUGGCGAAAACGGACAAGACCUCCACCACGGGGAGCAUCCUGAAUCUUAACCUGGAUCGCAGCAAAGCUGAGAUGGACCUGAAGGAGCUGAGCGAGUCGGUCCAGCAGCAGUCGGCCCCCGUCCCUCUCAUCUCUCCCAAGCGCCAGAUUCGCAGCCGGUUCCAGCUCAACCUGGACAAGACGAUAGAGAGUUGUAAAGCCCAGCUAGGCAUCAAUGAGAUCUCGGAGGACGUGUACACGGCCGUCGAGCACAGUGACUCGGAGGAUUCUGAGAAGUCAGAGAGCAGCGACAGCGAGUACAUCAGUGAUGACGAGCAGAAGUCCAAGAACGAGCCGGAGGACCCCGAGGACAAAGAGGGGAGUCGGACGGACGGUGAGCCACCUGCCAAAAAAAAGCCCAAGCCUGCCAACCCGGUAGAGGUCAAAGAGGAGCUGAAAAGCACAUCGCCGCCCAGCGAGAAGGUGGACCCGGGGCCCGGGAAGGACAAGGCCAGCCCCGAGCCCGAGAAGGAAUUUGUGGAGAAGGCCAAACCCUCACUGCAUCCCACUAAGGACAAACUGAAGGGCAAAGAUGAGACGGAUUCCCCAACAGUGCAUUUGGGCCUGGACUCCGAUUCGGAGAGCGAACUUGUCAUUGACCUAGGAGAAGACCCUGCGGGGCGGGAGGGGCGCAAAAACAAGAAGGAGCCCAAAGAGCCGUCACCCAAGCAGGACGCCUCAGCUGUAGGUAAAGUGCCAGCGUCCACGGCGGCGGCGGCGGCAGCAGCAGCGGCGGCGGCGGCGGGCAGCCAGUCUCCCCCCGAAACGCCGGUGCUUACCCGCUCUGCCACCCAGGCGCCCACGGCCAGCGCCCCGGCAACCACCGCCACCAGCACGCCGGCCACCGUCACGGUCACAGCGCCGGCCACCGCCGUCACAGGAAGCCCCGUGAAAAAGCAGAGGCCGCUCUUGCCGAAGGAGACCGCCCCGGCUGUGCAGCGGGUCGUGUGGAACUCCUCAAGUAAGUUUCAAACGUCCUCCCAAAAGUGGCACUUGCAGAGGAUGCACCGGCAGCAGCAGCAGCAGCAACAGCAGCAGCAGCAGCAGCAGCAGCAACAGCAGCAGAGCCAGCAGCAGCCUCAGGCCUCCCAGGGGACGCGCUAUCAGACCAGACAGGCUGUGAAAGCUGUGCAACAGAAGGAAGUCACACAGAGCCCGUCCACCUCCACCAUCACCCUGGUGACCAGCACACAGCCGGCGUCCCUGGUCAGCAACUCAGGCUCCGCAAGCACCCUGGCAUCUGCCAUCACCGCUGACCUGCCCAUUGCCACAGCCUCCGCCGAUGUGGCCGCAGACAUCGCCAAAUACACAAGCAAAAUGAUGGACGCGAUAAAAGGCACGAUGACGGAGAUCUAUAACGACCUUUCUAAAAACACGACGGGAAGCACGAUAGCCGAGAUUCGCCGGCUGCGGAUUGAGAUCGAGAAGCUGCAGUGGCUGCAUCAGCAGGAGCUCUCGGAGAUGAAGCACAACCUGGAGCUGACCAUGGCGGAGAUGCGGCAGAGCCUGGAGCAGGAGCGGGACCGGCUCAUCGCCGAGGUGAAGAAGCAGCUGGAGCUGGAGAAGCAGCAGGCGGUGGACGAGACCAAGAAGAAGCAGUGGUGUGCCAACUGCAAGAAGGAGGCCAUCUUCUACUGCUGCUGGAACACCAGCUACUGCGACUACCCCUGCCAGCAGGCGCACUGGCCUGAGCACAUGAAGUCCUGCACGCAGUCAGCUACCGCCCCGCAGCAGGAAACGGACGCCGAGGCGAACGCGGAAGCGGGGAGUAAGUCGGCAUCACAGGGCAGCUCCUCCAGCGCACAGUCAGCUCCUUCGGAAGCAGCCAGCACCUCCAAGGAGGAGAAGACGCCAGCCGAGAAAAGCAAGGACAGUGGCUCGACGCUUGACCUUUCUGGCUCCAGAGAGACACCGUCUUCCAUUCUCUUAGGUUCCAACCAGGGCUCUGUUAGCAAAAGGUGUGACAAGCAACCCGCCUACGCCCCAACCACCACAGACCACCAGCCGCACCCCAACUACCCCGCCCAGAAGUACCAUUCCCGGAGCAGCAAGUCCAGUUCCUGGAGCAGCAGCGAGGAGAAGCGGGGGUCGGCCCGCUCCGAGCACAGCGCGGGAACCAGCACAAAGACCCUUCUGCCCAAAGAGUCACGGCUGGACACCUUUUGGGACUAGGGGCAUGUUGUGAACCAGGUCACCCUUCCCGCGGUGGGAAAGAACUCGGACACCAGGAAACACAAACGCAGACUUUCCAAACACUCAGGCUUGGCCCGUGCACCUGGCCCUGCGGCAGCCAUGUGACAGGAUGCCCAGCGUUAGCCUUGGCUGGGACUGCGCCACCCCGGGAGCCCAGUUUCUUUUAGGUCUAAAUAACGUAUCCUUUGUGGGUGUCACGGAUGUAGCCCACCUUCCCUUUUCAUAUCUGCAUCGACUUUAACUUAUAAAAAAAAGAAAAAAAAAGAAAAGAAAAACAAGGAAAAAAAAAAACUGCAACAAAAAGAAUGUUUGGAUGUCAGAGGGUAGCCAUGUCUGUAGCCCUCUGGUCUCACAGUGAUGUCAGGGCUGGGCCCAGGCAUCAUCUCACGCAGGUCUUCAUCCCUGGACCCAGGGAAGGGGUGCUGUGUCUCUUCACAGCACAUUGUGAUCAUGGAUUUGGGGCCCAGGCUGUGUUGCUGUGGGCUCAUCACCCCCCUCACCCCAACCCCAAGCCAUCGGCCCCUUGCGAAUACUACGUUAUUAUGUUACGAAACACAAGCUCUCUGGACCGGAAGGACACGUAGAGAAGUGUGUUUGUUCUGUGUGAGUCACUGAUGGCUCCUACCAGGGAAGAGCAGCCUUCUUGUUUACAGAAAAACCGAAAACAGAACACACAGCAAACCAGAAUCAAGCCGUGCUUGGCUCCGUGGGGAGCAGCGCUCGUGUGUCGCGGACCGCGCGGCCAAGAGGACUCCGUCUUGGCCCUGCGCUUUCUUUAAGCACGCGCCUGCGGAGAGACGCCGUGCUGCUGCUGGGAGGCAGGGGACUCACGGGCGGGAUGCGGCGCGGCAUGCAUGUCUUAUUUAUACGACGGAGGUCUGUGUUUUUACGGGAGAAGCAUGAGUCCAAGGCAGUAUGAGAGAAAUCCAGACCGGCUGUGCUGUCUGUUACACUACGUGUUGCUCUGGUAUCACUUUGUACGUCAUGUAAAACAAAAGCGUCGAUUGAGGCAAAAGAUGAUGUAUGUAUAUGAGAAGAUUAAUUGUACGAUAUCAUUCCAGUACAUUUCGUUGCACAUUUUUAGUCUCGUUUACUUUCUCUUCAUUGUUGAUAAGAGGAUGCGAACUGUACAGUUCCCAGCUUAAUUACCCCAUAUUAGAGAAGAAAUAAGAGGAAAUGACUAGAAGAAAACUGGAGGGAAAGAACAUUUGUGAAUUGCAGUUGUCAAAAAAAAAAAAAAAAAUAGCCUAGCUGGCCUUACCUGUGAAGCGUAACUGCUUUUAGCAUAUGGAAGUAUUUUUUCACAUUUUCUUUGUAUAAAAUUUGUAUUAAACUUAAAUAUCUUUUUUGA